AUGGGGAAAUUGAUUAGCGUUCUUCUUCAUGGUUAUUGUCUUUGUACAAUACUUUUAAUCCUCAUUACUUGUGAAGGGUACAAGCGUUCCAUGAUGGCAGACGAGAUCGAUGUGGAGGCUAUGCUAGAGGCUCCCUUUGAGAAAGGGAAUUCCUCCGUCGAUAAGUCCGGCAGCUCGCGUCAUCGUGACCGUUCUAGAUCCAGGUCUAGGGACCGCAGCCGAAGGCACCGUGACAGAAGCUCAGACCGUAGGCGUGAUCGGGAUGAAUUCAGAUCCGAGCGGAGACGCGAACGUGAUCGCGAUAGACGCGAUCGGGAUAGAGAUCGUAAUCGCGACUAUGACAGGCGUCGAGAUCGGGACUACGAUCACCCUCGUUACGAGCGCUCCCGUCGGGAUGAAUUCCCUCCGGAGCGAGAACGGGAAGACUCUGAUGACAAGGCUCCAAAGCGUUUUUAUCGUAAUGGAGAACCGCGCCCGAGAAGUCCUGAGCUCUCUCCGGAAGAAAGAGAUGCGAGGACUGUGUUUGUUUGGCAGUUAUCUGCCCGAAUCCGACAGAGAGAUUUGGAGGAUUUCUUCUCAUCAGUUGGGAAAAUACGUGACGUGCGUUUGAUUAUCGAUGGUAAAACGAAGCGCUCAAAGGGUAUCGCCUACGUUGAGUUUCGUGAAGUGGAGUCUGCACAGCUAGCCCUUGGUUUGACCGGCACAAAGCUUCUCGGCGUUCCUAUUCAGAUUCAACAAAGCCAUGCCGAAAAGAACCGUGCUGCUACCGCUGGCGGAUCUGCCAUGGCUGCCGCUUAUGGUAGACCUGUGUCCUCUAGGGGACCAAUGAAGUUGUACGUUGGCUCCCUUCAUUUCAACAUCACGGAGGAGAUGCUACGGGGCAUCUUCGAGCCUUUCGGCAAACUGGAUGAUAUAAAACUAAUCAAAGAUCCACAGACGAAUCGCUCCCAGGGCUACGGAUUUGUUACCUACAGUAACGGUGACGACGCAAGAAAGGCUUUGGAUCAACUCAACGGAUUUGAUUUGGCUGGCAGAGCUAUGAAAGUAAAUUAUGUUACAGAGAGGAGUGAUUACGCUAAUCUGAGUGCGUUGGACAACGAGGAGGCUGACAGAACCGGUGUUGAUCUGGGGACUACGGGCCGAUUGGCCCUGAUGGCAAAACUUGCUGAAGGCACUGGGUUGGAGAUGCCUAAGGCGGCUCUAGCCCAGCUUCAGGGCAACCCGACUCUAGGCAUAGCUGGUAAGGUCAGUUCGUCCUCUGCCGUCGCUCCCCCCGUCUGCACUCAGUGUUUUAUGCUGUCGAACAUGUUUGAUCCUCAUGUCGCCUCGCACACUACCUUCGAGGAAAUCAAGGAUGAUGUUAUCAGCGAAUGCUCCCUCCUUGGCGGGGUUUUGCACAUCUUCGUGGACCAAACUAGCGCCCAAGGCAAUGUCUACGUCAAGUGUCCCAGUAUUGCCAUAGCAACGCAGUGCGUUAACAAGCUGCACGGACGUUACUUCUCAGGCCGCUUAGUUACAGCGGCCUAUGUCCCGCUGAUAACCUACAAUCAGCUAUUUCCUGACUCUCCGCUUCCACUUCAGCCAUCAGUCCUAAACAUUAAAAACCACCCGCUAGCCGGAGUGGAGAUAGUGGAUAUUAGUAUUUCGCUAAGGUCCAAGUCCACCAAAAUGAAUCUUAGUGAGUCCCAAACCAAGAAGAUAAUCGAAUCGCAGCUAUGCAGGGCUGCCCAGGUCAUUGAGGAUGUGGUUGAUCAGGAGAUUGCCAAGUUGGAAAAAGUGGACGAAGACGAAUUAGAGAAGAUUCGUCAACGUCGUCUAGCUGAGUUGAAGGAGAAAGCCAGCAAGAAGGAGGAAUGGCUUGCCAACGGUCACGGCAUCUACUCGGAGCUGGCCUCGGAGAAGGACUUUUUCACCAUCUGCAAGCAAUCUGUUAAAGUUUGUGCCCACUUCUACCGCAGUACUACUGUGCGCUGUGCCAUCUUCGACAAACACCUUUCGCUGCUGGCUCCACGUCAUCUUGAGUGCCGUUUCAUCAAAGUAGAUGUUGAAAAGUCUCCUUUUCUUGUAUCUCGUCUUGGAGUUCGCGUUUUACCUACACUGAUCCUCAUUAAAGAGGAGAAGGUGGUGGGUCGAGUAAUUGGAUUCGAUGACCUUGGAGGUCACGAUGACUUCAGCACCGAAAUGCUUGACUGGCGGUUGGGUGUUGCAGGUGUUGUGGACUACAGCGGUGACCUAAGUCAGCCACCAGAUUUCGCAAAGAAUAAGAAAAGAGAAAUGCCGUUCAAACGCUCGACGAAGACAAUUCGUGGCGGAAACAGUGAUGAGUCGGAUGACGACGAUGAUGAGUGA